CUUCGCCUCGCCUCGGACGCCUCGUUCCGACAUGCCCCGCUCUGGCGGCCGGGCUCGCGGAGGAUCAUGACUGCCGCAGCGAACUGGGUGGCGAACGGGGCGAGCUUGGAGGAUUGUCACUCCAACCUCUUCUCGCUGGCUGAACUCACGGGAAUCAAAUGGCGUAGGUACAAUUUUGGAGGGCACGGGGACUGCGGACCCAUAAUUUCAGCCCCAGCCCAAGAUGAUCCAAUCCUGUUAAGUUUCAUCCGCUGUCUGCAAGCCAACCUGCUGUGUGUGUGGCGUCGUGAUGUCAAACCGGAUUGCAAAGAGUUAUGGAUAUUCUGGUGGGGAGACGAGCCCAACCUAGUGGGUGUGAUACAUCAUGAACUACAGGUUGUUGAAGAAGGACUCUGGGAAAAUGGCCUUUCCUAUGAAUGUAGGACGCUGCUCUUCAAAGCGAUCCACAAUCUGUUAGAAAGGUGCCUAAUGGAUAAGAACUUCGUUAGAAUUGGGAAAUGGUUUGUCAGACCCUAUGAAAAGGAUGAAAAGCCAGUUAACAAAAGUGAGCAUUUGUCCUGCGCUUUCACGUUCUUUCUCCAUGGAGAAAGUAACGUGUGCACAAGUGUGGAGAUCGCCCAGCACCAGCCAAUUUACCUAAUCAACGAGGAACACCUCCAUAUGGCUCAGUCUUCUCCUGCACCAUUUCAAGUACUGGUGAGCCCUUACGGCUUAAACGGCACGCUCACAGGCCAGGCGUACAAGGUGUCGGACCCGGCUACCCGCAAGCUGAUGGAGGAGUGGCAGUGCUUCUACCCGAUGGUGCUACGAGAGAGAGAGGAGCAGAGAGGAGAGCUGGGGUACGAUGAUGACUUCCCCGUGGCAGUGGAAGUAAUCGUUGGUGGUGUUCGGAUGGUCUACCCAUCAGCUUUUGUUCUGAUCUCUCAGAAUGACAUCCCAGUUCCUCAGAGUGCAGCCAGUGCUGGAGGUCAUGUUCCAGCAGGACAGCAGGGACUUGGUGGUGUGAAAGACCCAAAUAGCUGUGGGAUGCCUCUGACUCCCCCCACCUCACCAGAGCAAGCUGUCGUAGGUGAGAGUGGAGGUCUGCAGAGUGUGGCCAGUCACCUGGGCUCCACAGAUGGGGCAGUGACAGCUAUGCACAGUCCAAAGAGAGCAGGGAAGAUUCCUCCAAAGCUCCACAAUCACAUGGUCCAUCGAGUCUGGAAAGAGUGCAUCCUCAACAGAACCCAGGCUAAGAGGAACCAAAUUUCAACUCCAACUCUAGAAGAAGAGCCUGCUAACAAUCCUGCUGCUUGGGAUUUUGUGGAUCCAACCCAAAGAGUCAGCUGUUCCUGUUCCAGGCAUAAACUUUUAAAACGUGUGGUAGGACCCAAUCGACCUCCCACAAUAUCUCAAGCAGGGUUCAGUGCAGGACCAUCAUCAUCUUCAUCCUUACCACCUCCUGCUUCUUCUAAGCACAAAACUACAGAGAGACAAGACAAAGGAGACAAGUUGCAGAAGAGACCCUUGAUACCAUUUCACCACAGGCCCUCUGUGGCCGGAGAGUUAUGCAUGGAGCAAGACCCGCCGGGACACAAGCUAGGGCUGGCUGGGUUAGACUCUUCCUUAGAGGUUUCGAGCAGCCGGAAGUAUGAUAAGCAAAUGGCCGUGCCUUCCAGAAACACAAGCAAGCAAAUGAAUCUGAAUCCUAUGGAUUCACCCCGUUCCCCUACUUCCCCCCUGCCACCAACGCUCAGCCCUCAGCCACGGGGUCAGGAAACAGAGAAUUUGGACCCUCCUUCUGUCCCUGUGAAUCCAGCCCUCUAUGGAAACGGGCUAGAACUUCAACAGUUGUCCACUCUGGAUGACAGGACUGUCCUCGUUGGCCAAAGACUGCCUCUGACGGCGGAGGUCAGUGAGACAGCCCUAUAUAGUGGGAUUAGGCCCUCACACCUGGAGUCGUCAGAUAAGUGGUGGCAGAGUUUUCGUCUUCCACCCAGUGACGACGCCGAGUUCAGACCUCCAGAGCUCCAGGGUGAGAGGUGUGACGCCAAAGUGGAGGUGAGCUCAGAGAGCACUGCCCUGCAGAGACUCUUAGCACAACCUAACAAACGGUUUAAAAUCUGGCAAGACAAGCAGCCCCACAUGCAGCCACUCCACUUCCUCGACCCAUUGCCUCCGUCACAGCAACCUGGAGACAGUUUGGGAGAAGUCAAUGACCCAUAUACGUUUGAGGACGGUGACAUAAAAUACAUCUUCACAGCAAAUAAGAAAUGCAAGCAAGGGACAGAGAAGGAUUCCCUGAAAAAGAGCAAGUCAGAGGAUGGAUUUGGUACCAAGGAUGUCACUACACCAGGUCAUUCCACGCCGGUGCCUGAUGGAAAAAAUGCCAUGUCUAUUUUCAGUUCUGCUACUAAAACAGACGCCCGGCAGGACAGUGCCGCUGGCAGAGCUGGCUCCAGCAGCCUUACUCAGGUGACAGAUUUGGCGCCUUCCUUGCAUGACUUAGACAACAUCUUUGAUAAUUCUGAUGAUGACGAACUUGGGGCUGGCUCCCCCGCACUGCGCUCAUCCAAAAUGCCUGCUGUUGGGACUGAAGACCGACCUCUUGGGAAGGAUGGACGAGCUGCUGUUCCUUACCCACCAACAGUUGCAGACUUGCAGAGGAUGUUUCCCACCCCUCCGUCUUUGGAACAGCAUCCUGCAUUUUCUCCUGUGAUGAAUUACAAAGAUAUAAGUUCAGAGACGGUGACAGCUUUGGGUAUGAUGGAGAGUCCUAUGGUUGGUAUGGUUUCUACUCACCUCACAGAAUUCAGAAUGGAAGUGGAAGAUGGAUUAGGAAGUCCUAAGCCAGAGGAAAUAAAGGACUUUUCAUAUGUGCACAAAGUUCCACCUUUUCAACCUUUUGUGGGAUCAUCCAUGUUUGCUCCGCUGAAGAUGCUGCCGAGCCAUUGCCUGCUACCUCUGAAGACCCCUGAUGCCUGUCUGUUCCGGCCCUCGUGGGCAGCUCCUCCUCGAAUCGAGCAGCUGCCCGCGCCCCCUGCAGCCACUUUCAUUAGAGAUGGCUACAAUAAUGUGCCUAGUGUCGGGAGCUUAGCAGAUCCAGACUAUUUGAACACACCACAGAUGAACACGCCGGUGACGUUGAACAGCGUGGCCCCAGCCAGCAACAGUGGGGCAGGAGUCCUCCCAUCUCCAGCAACCCCUCGCUUCUCUGUCCCCACACCUCGAACCCCUAGGACUCCAAGAACUCCCAGAGGUGGGGGCACUGCCAGUGGUCAGGGGUCUGUGAAGUAUGACAGCACUGAUCAGGGCUCACCAGCCUCUACCCCCUCUACCACACGACCCCUUAACUCUGUGGAGCCUGCUACCAUGCAGCCAAUUCCUGAGGCCCACAGUCUCUAUGUUACCCUGAUUCUCUCAGAUUCUGUGAUGAACAUCUUUAAAGACAGGAACUUUGACAGCUGUUGCAUCUGUGCCUGCAACAUGAACAUCAAAGGGGCUGACGUUGGGCUUUAUAUCCCUGACUCCUCCAAUGAGGACCAGUACCGCUGCACCUGUGGAUUUAGUGCCAUUGUGAAUCGCAGGCUUGGCUACAAUUCCGGACUCUUCCUGGAAGACGAGUUGGAUAUUUUUGGGAAGAAUUCUGACAUUGGCCAGGCUGCAGAGAGGCGUUUCCUGAUGUGUCAGUCCCCCCUUCUUCCUCAGGUGGAAGGAACCAAAAAGUCUCCGGAGCCGCCACCUGUAAGCCUCCUCCUCCUCCUGCAGAGUCAACACACACAGCCGUUUGCUCCUCUCAGUUUCCUGGACUACAUCUCCUCUAACAGUCGCCAAGCUCUUCCUUGUGUGAGCUGGAGUUAUGACCGGGUGCAGGCAGAUAAUAACGAUUACUGGACAGAGUGCUUCAAUGCUUUGGAGCAAGGACGGCAAUAUGUGGAUAAUCCCACAGGUGGGAAGGUGGAUGAGGCUCUGGUCAGAAGUGCUACCGUGCACUGCUGGCCUCAUAGCAACGUGCUGGACACCAGCAUGCUCUCCUCCCAAGACGUGGUGCGCAUGCUGCUAUCCCUGCAGCCCUUUCUCCAGGAUGCCAUCCAGAAGAAGCGCACGGGCAGGACCUGGGAGAAUAUCCAGCACGUGCAGGGACCACUCACCUGGCAGCAGUUCCAUAAGAUGGCAGGGCGCGGGACCUACGGGUCAGAAGAAUCUCCCGAGCCGUUGCCCAUCCCCACUUUGCUAGUGGGCUAUGACAAGGACUUCCUGACCAUCUCUCCAUUCUCCUUGCCCUUCUGGGAGAAACUACUCUUAGACCCAUAUGGGGGCCACCGUGAUGUUGCCUAUAUUGUGGUGUGUCCAGAAAAUGAGGCCUUGCUCGAAGGAGCCAAAACUUUCUUCAGGGACUUGAGUGCUGUCUACGAGAUGUGUAGGCUUGGACAGCACAAGCCCAUCUGCAAAGUGCUUCGCGAUGGGAUCAUGCGUGUGGGAAAGACCGUGGCCCAGAAGCUGACAGAUGAGCUGGUGAGCGAGUGGUUUAACCAGCCUUGGAGCAGUGAGGAGAAUGACAAUCAUUCCAGACUCAAACUUUAUGCGCAAGUUUGUCGCCAUCACCUAGCACCUUAUUUAGCCACUCUGCAGCUCGACAGCAGCCUGCUGCUACCACCUAAGUACCAGAGUCCACCAGCAGCAGCACAGGGACAAGCUGUGCCUGGGAGUGCUGGGCCUUCAUCUUCGCAUCCAGGGCCCACAGCUCCGAGCACUGGUAGUGCAUUCAAUCCCACCUCCAGCAGCAGUUCUGCAAUCCCUUCAGCAAGUAGCUCCUCUUCCGCCUCCUCUGGGCCUCCUGUCUCGUCGACCGCCUCUGCUCCGGGCAUCACUCAGAUGUGCACUACCUCUUCAGGAUUCAGUGGUAGUGUUGGAGGGCAGAACCCCAGCACUGCAGGCAGUUCCAUGGAUAGAACACCAGGGAAUAUGCCCUGUGGCACAGAUACUGAGUCUGCGCAGAGCUCCACCCAGCCUUCACAGGAUGGACAAGACAGUGUUACAGAAAGGGAGAGAAUAGGAAUCCCCACAGAGCCUGACUCUGCAGACAGCCAAGCCUACCCUCCAGCUGUGGUCAUUUACAUGGUGGACCCAUUCACCUACGCUGCAGAGGAGGACUCCACCUCCGGGAACUUCUGGCUGCUGAGUUUGAUGCGCUGCUACACAGAAAUGCUGGAUCAUUUACCCGAGCAUAUGAGGAGCUCUUUCAUUCUCCAGAUUGUGCCUUGCCAGUACAUGCUGCAGACAAUGAAGGAUGAACAAGUUCUCUACAUCCAAUACUUGAAAUCCAUGGCGUUUUCAGUGUACUGCCAGUGCAGGCGACCUCUGCCUACACAGAUCCACAUCAAAUCCCUGACAGGAUUUGGGCCUGCAGCCAGCAUCGAGAUGGCCCUCAAGAACCCGGAACGGCCCAGCCCGAUCCAGCUUUACUCUCCUCCCUUCAUAUUGGCCCCGAUCAAAGAGAAGAAGACGGACAUGGGAGAGACCUUUGAUGAGGCGAGCCAGAAAUACAAUGUACUCUUUGUGGGCUAUUGUCUGUCUCAUGACCAGCGCUGGCUCUUGGCUUCCUGCACUGACCUCCAUGGGGAAUUACUAGAGACCUGUGUUGUAAAUAUUGCUUUACCAAGCAGGUCACGAAAGAGUAAAGUAUCUGCCCGCAAGAUUGGGCUGCAGAAACUAUGGGAAUGGUGCCUAGGGAUUGUCCAAAUGACAUCUCUGCCCUGGAGAGUGGUAAUUGGUCGUCUGGGCCGUCUUGGCCACGGAGAGCUUAAAGAUUGGAGUAUCCUCCUUGGAGAGUGCUCACUGCAGACAAUCAGCAAGCAGCUCAAGGAUGUGUGCCGGAUGUGUGGGAUCUCUGCUGCGGACUCUCCUUCGAUCCUUAGUGCCUGCCUCGUUGCCAUGGAGCCCCAGGGGUCUUUUGUGGUGAUGCCAGAUGCUGUCACAAUGGGCUCUGUUUUUGGCCGAAGUACUGCACUGAACAUGCAGUCAUCCCAACUAAACACCCCUCAAGAUGCCUCCUGUACCCACAUCUUGGUGUUCCCAACAUCCUCAACCAUCCAGGUGGCUCCAGCCAACUACCCCAAUGAAGACGGGUUCAGCCCCAACAAUGAUGAUAUGUUUGUUGACCUUCCGUUCCCAGAUGAUAUGGACAAUGACAUUGGCAUAUUAAUGACUGGGAACCUCCACUCCUCUCCCAAUUCCUCCCCAGUUCCCUCUCCAGGCUCUCCUUCUGGAAUUGGCGUGGGCUCUCACUUUCAGCACAGUCGGAGCCAGGGUGAGCGGCUUCUGUCCAGAGAGGCCCCGGAAGAGCUCAAGCAGCAGCCUCUGGCCCUGGGGUACUUGGUGUCAACUGCCAAAGCUGAGAACCUCCCGCAGUGGUUUUGGUCAUCGUGUCCCCAGGCACAGAACCAGUGCCCUCUCUUCCUGAAGGCUUCACUACAUCACCACAUAUCUGUAGCACAGAUGGACGAACUUCUCCCUGCCAGGAAUUCUCAGCGGGUUCCACACCCUCUGGACUCCAAGACCACAUCUGAUGUUCUGAGGUUUGUGUUGGAGCAGUACAAUGCCCUGUCGUGGCUCACGUGCAAUCCGGCUACCCAGGACCGCACUUCCUGCCUUCCUGUCCACUUUGUGGUGCUUACUCAAUUGUACAAUGCCAUCAUGAAUAUACUUUAAUUGGAAAAGCACUUGUUUUCUCUGGCUCAGUUCCUUCUCCCGCAGCCUCAGUCUGAGGGACCUGCUAUACUCUGCAAAUGCCCCGUCCUUUUCUUCAGACCACUCUCCACAGUCCAGCACUGUGACGCCUCCUGAGCAGGCACACACCCAUUCUGCAGUGUUCAUCGCCACAGUGACUCCUUGACACUUCUCACCAGGACCUGGAAACUUCCAUAAGCAGUGACUUUUCACCAGUGUGUGGUGUGUGCGGCCUCCAGGCCCCAGGGAGUGGUGGCUGUUCGUGGCUUAAGAGGAAAACGGAAGAAACAGUCCUUUUGCACAAGUCUGUUCUCAGCCUCUGGCUAAAAGUGAAGGCAGCCCAGCCCUUCGGAAGAAGUCCUCUAGCUAAUGGUGGCUGGCCUGUGGGGACCCGAACUCCAUAACCUGGGACUUUUGAUAACUACGAAGCAGCUCAGGAACAUGGUUCAGUCCUGGGGUCUCCGCCACCCCCGGGCUCCCAGCCACACUGGCCGGCGGGGCUUCCCUUGACUUGCACUGUGCAUCAGGCCUAGCGGUCUGGAGACGGUUUCAUUUUGUUUAUUUAUUUUUUAUUGUUUUGUCAUAUUGUGAGUUUUUUUAAAAUUCCUGAGGACCAGGUACAGUAGCUGAAACCCUACUCAGACCCACCAUAGGAUUCUCUGACUACAUACCUCUGUCCUGUCCUAGCAGCCGGAAAAGGAGUGAACACAGAUACAUUCAGAGCCGCCAUGAUGAGUGGUCAGCGCUCCCGAAAGAUGACACUUCACGCCGAGGGCAGUCAAGGGCGGCCCAGAGCCCGGGAGGCAGGCACCUUAAUCAGGUCUACACAGCCACAUGGAGAUACCUUUUCUAGAGAAUUCUAAUGGAAAGCCAGGUCUCUCCUCUCACUAGCUCAUAAGGGACUCAUGUACAUAUCAUGUGCAUAUCACAGCCCAAAGUGUUCUCUCAUAAAAUCAGUUAUAAUAUGGUGAAUUUUUUCUGGACCAUAGGAAUAUUAUUUCAAAGAAAUAUUACAACUUAACCAUUAAAUUAGUACUUGAAGUUGAGCCUUUGUGGUGGGAAUUUUUUAAAAAUGCCUUUUUAAAGCAUUAAUGGCUGAUUGAAGUAUUUUAUGACUCCUCAUUCCAGGCCCAUAGGGUUGUCUUUGCGACCCUGUUUCUAACCCUGCGUUGCUGUUUCUGUCUGGGGCGGGGGUAGGGAUCGGCCUCCUGGAGCCGCUUGACCAGGCCAAGCAUUGAGCCUUCAUCAUUUGUGGAGAGUCAUGCAAAUUUUAAAGUUCUUCCAAGAGACUUCCAUGUCCUGGUUAUUAACAAAGGAAAAAAAGGAAAAAUGUAAUAAUUGAUAAGAUUUUGUAAAAGUAUUUUUCUUGAAAUAAUCUAACGUUUAAAACAUUAUAUUAAAAAGUGUGGUGGGAAUGUGAAAACAGAGAAAUAACUUGUAAAUGGAUAAUUUUGUUCUCUGUUCCACCAAUUGAAGGGGAAAGGGUCGAUUUUCGCAAUGUAUAGGUUAAAAAAAUCUGAUAUAUCAAACCAUUUGUAUCUAAUGUGUACAGUGUAAAAUUGACUUUAAAAAUAUCGCAGUGCUAUUUUUUCUUAAUCAGAAAGGGAAAUUCUCAAGGCCUUUGAAGAGCAUAAGAUGAUGAAGAUUGUAAACUGUGUACAGUUAUCUUGGUGAGAAGACAAACUGUAAAGUACAUAUUUGUAAUCUUUUACCACUUUGGGGUUGCUUUUUCCCAGAAUUCAUCAGAACUUUGAAUUUUUUUUUUUUUUAAAUGGGCUGUUUUUAAUGCAGGGGCUUUUCUUCCCUAGAAACCCAAUUCUAAGCAGAAAAAGAAAAAAAAAUUCUACAAAAAAAUUUUUUUAAGGCAGCAAAGGGUAGUUUUCAUCUGGUGUCUUUUAUUUAAGUUUUUUAAGUUAAGAAAAGCUGGUGACAUAUUUAUACGUUUUUUGUGCAAAAAUAAAUGAAUGGCAAUAGAUUUUAAAAAAAUCCUAUUAUGUACUUCUGUGUGAAAAGCCUGUAUGAUAUUUCCCUUAAAUAUGCAUUAUUUUACUUGUGAGUUUUUUACAGAAUUAAUCUGAAAUGUACAAGCCCUGGAUUUGCUACAGAGUGAGAAGUUAUUUUAUUUUUUUUUAAUUUUUAAUUUUGGAAAUUCUGCAGAAAUUAGAACUCUUAACCAUGGUUUGAACUAAAAGGGAGAGGCGGGGAGGGGAGAAGGAGGGAUUGUCCGGCAUGCUUGUAUGUAUAUUUCAGAACCUUUUUUAAAUGUAAAAGCUGUACAUUUCUGGGAAGUUCUGAAUUUCUUUUGUUUCUUUUUCCUUCAAGCAUUUUGCAGUGAGCUUCUUUUAUAUAUAGCAAACAAUUUGAAAGAAUACAAAAGUAUGUGAGGUUCAUUCAAAACUACAGUAUAGCGCUGGAGCAGUACACUAAAGACUUUGAUAAAAAGAAACAGUAACGAAAGGCCUCCAUUUUAAAUGUCAUUCAUAUAUACCUUGUGGAUGAGAGCUAUAUACUUUUACACACUUUUUUAGAGGAAUAAAUUAUUGAAUUACUGAAA